AUGUCUGCCUCUUCUCCUUGUCCUUAUUCUUCUUCUCUCUCUUCCCAAAAGCGCGACGCUCUCGACUCAGCGACAGAUCUAUGCCGUAUCCCAGUGGUCGCAGAUACGAAGUUGGCAGGGUGGGCUGCGCGUAUGAGGGCAUCCAGCUCAAUCGAGCGCUUCCUGCGUUGGACUCGACGACGCAAAACGCACUCUCACCAACAUUCCACCGCCGUUCCAUACUUCCCUAUCGCUUCCACUGAAGCUCCAAAGAGUGACGGUAAGACCUUGGGCUGCAAUGACGACCGCACACCAUCUACUCGUGGCAAAUCAUCCGCAGACGAUGAGGAUGCUAGGGUAGAGGCAUGGCUUGCUCGAGGCAGCAAACCUGCACUUGUGGAGCAGGUAAUAUAUCAGGGCCAAAAACGUCAGACCUCUUCUCCCAGGCGCAGGCCCGACCUCUCCUACCUUCCUUGUAGUCGGACCAUCUUCGACUCAACCCGAUCCUCUCCGCUUGGCAACGAUCGCGAUGCUUACGGAAACCACUCCUUCACUCUCCGAACCGACGACUCUUCACCACAAACCCACGCAGGCUCACCCUUAGAACCACCCAAACCCACUCGGCAGCUCCGCCAGACGCGAGAGACUCUUGGAGACCUGGUCGCUGCGGUCGCGGCACGGAGACAUGCUCUCAAGUGUAAGGCUGUGGAUCAACUUGAAGAGUAUAAAGACGAGAUCGCCCUAGACCCAGACUGGGAGGAGGCGGACAUGAGGGACCAAAUGCCUAGUACCGAACUCGUGAACAAGGUGAAACGCUCAGGUACCUGGUAUAAAGGACAUGUGGUUCAUCUUUGA